UACAGCUAUGUGGCUCUACCUGGCUGUCCUGGUGGGGCUUUACCUCCUUCGUCGCUGGUACCGGGAGAGACAGACGGUGGAGAGCCUGACGGAGAAAUACGUCUUCAUCACCGGCUGCGACACUGGCUUUGGGAACCAGCUGGCCAGGCAGCUGGAUGCUCGGGGUCUGCGGGUGCUGGCUGCUUGCUUCACUCCGGAAGGGGCAGAGCGUCUGGAAAAAGUCACUUCUGACCGGUUAAAAACCACCCUGUUGGAUGUCACCAGCACUGAGAGAGUGGCAGCAGCCGCUGAGUGGGUGAAAACAUGCGUGGGGAACAAAGGACUUUGGGGGCUAGUAAACAACGCAGGCAUUAAUCAUCCAGUUGCUCCCAAUGAGUGGCUGACCAAGGAGGACUUUGCCAAGGUGCUGAACGUCAACCUGCUUGGGCUGAUUGACGUGACGCUGCACAUGCUGCCCCUGGUGAGGAGAGCCAGAGGGAGGGUGGUCAACUUGUCCAGUGUGGUGGGAAGACUGCCAGUCCCCGGAGGUGGGUAUUGCCUAUCCAAGUUUGCUGUGGAAGCCUUCUCAGACACUCUGAGGCGAGAGCUUUCUCCUUUUGGAAUCCGAACCAGCAUCAUUGAGCCUGGGGGCUUUGCCACAUAUAUGCUCAAUGACCCAGAAAAGCACUUACAGGAUGUGUUCAACCAAAUACCUCCGCACGUCAAAGAAUGUUAUGGACAACUAUAUUUGGAUGCCUAUUACAGAUUUAUUUGUAGCUUGGUGAAAAAAAGCAGCAAGAACCUCUGCUUGGUUACCGAUUGCAUAGAACAUGCUUUGACAUCCCACCAUCCUCGUACUCGCUACUCUGCUGGCUGGGAAGCAAAACUCUUCUUCCUGCCUGUCUCUUAUUUGCCAGCUGCAGUAACAGAUUACAUAUUGGGCUGCCUUUUUCCAAAGCCUGCACAAGCAGUGUAGAUUCCAUUACAAAAAAAGUAUUACAGUUGUCCAAAUGUGCAAACAAACUAAUUUCAAUUAUAGUGAAAACUGGUAAGACCGUUUCACCAAUACAGGAAUAAUACAUACUUCCAACUGAUUGUUCAAGAGCUUAAAAG